AUGGCGGGUUCAAUAUCUACCAAACAUUGUGAACGGACAAAGCAGAUAUUAGAAAGUACAGUAGAAGGUAAAGUUGCAGAGAAGUUAAAGCAGACGAAUAGACAAACAGAGGCUCUUGAACAGGCAGCGUCAACAUCUACUACAGAGCAUGAUGUUGCUGUAACAAAACCUAAAAGAGGUCAAAAGAAGAAGAAAGAUAUCAGUGAACUUCCAUUAGCAACUCUAAAAAGAAUUGGGUACAGAAUGAGGUUAAAAACCCCACAGCAUAGUAAUGAAGAUAUUACUUUCAUUUGGGAUUUUGCUGGCCAACAGCUUUAUUACAUUACACAUCGAAUCUUCCUAACAAGCGAGGCUGUGUAUUUGAUUUUGUUCAGUUUGAAGGAAGGUAUGCACAACAAGGGAAAGCGUAGAUUCUCUAAAAUGGCAAAGUAUGUGAUGACGUACGAUAUGACAAAUAUCCAGAUUAUCAAAUAUUGGAUGAGGUUGAUAUAUACAUACGCUGUCCCAGUUAAGGCACAACAGCAGCUACAAGCCAAAAAACCUCAAAUUGCGGUAGUCGGUACUCACAGUGAUUGCCUAGAGGGCACAGAAGAAGACAAGAAAAAGCAGAUUGAAGAACAGUAUGGAAUACUAUUCCAAGAGAUCAAAGGCACUCCAUAUGAAUCACAUGUGGUCAGAAAAAUGUACGCCAUCAGUAACAAGUAUGCAUCACAGUGCGAGAUGCUGGAAACACUUAAACAAGAUGUUGGUAGUUUUCUGAAAGAAAUGCCCAAAACAAUCCCCUAUAAGUGGCUCAAAUUCCAACAAAUAUUGCAGGAGAAUGGUAGGACAGCAGUACGCAUGACCUAUGCUGAGGUUUGUAAAGUUGCAACUGAAUGUGGAAUUUCUGUGGAGAACCUCAUUCAUACUCUCAACUACUUGCAUGAUCUUGGAAUCAUUCUGUACUUUGAGAACAACAGACUGUUAAAGCAUGCAGUGAUAACAAACCCACGGAAGCUGAUUUUCAUCUUGAAGAGAAUCAUAACCGAAGUGGAGCCUGAUGAUGAUGAAAAGUGGCCUUUGAUGAUUAAGCAUUGGAAUAAACUUGAUGAAGGAAUCUUGGAGGAAGAGUUAGUCAGACAUCUUUGGAGAGAUGAGAUUAGCAAAGACGAAACUUGCUUUGAGUUCUUCUUAGAAUUAAUGAAGCAGUUUGGACUGCUGUGCGAGCAAAUCAAGAAUCAGGAAAGUACAUAUCGUUCAUUUUUUGUACCCUGUCGACUGAAACGUAGCACAGACAAUAUGGCUAUAGAGCCAGACACGAAGCAGAUGGUAUCGAUCUAUAUGGCCUCUGAGGAUUUCAUCCCUGAUAGUAUCUUCCACCCUCUAGUUGUCAGCUUGAUUAGAAUGGUACAAGACAUGCACUACACCGUCACCCCAAAAUUAUUUAGCAACUAUGCUAACAUCAUCCUAGGACGUGAUCACAGUCUCAGCUUAGGUCCAGUAGUCAUUGAUAACAAGCCGUCAUUGAAGCUGAAAAUAUUACGGAUGCCUAUUGAACAUGAGGAUGGUACAAUUACGCCAAGAGGUGAACCAAGUCCAAGAGUUUGUAUGCAGGUGUUAGAGUUUCUCAAGAAAGAGAUGAAAGAGUUGACAAUUGGAAUGAAGCACACAUGUUAUAGGUUUCGCGUCCUGUGUUGGAUGGGCUCGCAAGAAAUGCAUUUUCACGAUUUGGAAGAAUGUCUGGAGAACGAUGCUAUCCUGUGCGGAGAGAGAUUGAUAAUGGCAGGCAAACUACAAAGGAUGUUCAAGAAUAAGAAACCAGUGACAGGAAACCCAUCCUUACCAGGUCCUUCAGUGGAAACCGCAGGUGACAACAAUUUAGAAACAGCACAACCAG